AUGAAAUAGGAGAUUUUGCUUUGGACAUAAAACAAAACCAUUUAUAGAUGCAGUUAUGAGUCACAUUCACCACAUUUUUCUGAAUUAAAUAUUGAAGACAAGACGUAAUAUUAUGGUACAUCUGCAGCAAAAUGGAUGAAAGAAGCCCGCUAAUACAAGAAGGCAACACGAUAGACGACUAUUGCCGUGAUGACCAAGUCCAAGCACCAGUUAUUGCAAACUAUAGGAGGUAUCCAAACCACGAAGACAAAGCAAAACCUGAUAAAAAUGAGCUUAUGGAUUCUCAAAAUAGCAUAACUGAUGAUAGUACCAAUACUGUGAUAUUAUACAAAAGGAGGUGGUAUAUUCUGAUACUUUUCUCUCUGGUCUCAACAACUCAGGCGGCAGUAUGGAAUACAUUCGGCCCCAUUGGAAAUUCAGUAAAGUUUGUGUUUGGUUGGAGUGAUGGUAUACUGGCUUUACCACCGGCUUUAGGAAAUGUAGCAUAUUUCAUUUUUCCUUUUACAUCUUGGGUGAUGGAUGAUAAAGGAAUGAGAGUAGCCAUGGUAGGAGCCACUUUGUUAAUGUUCUGCGGCACAGCACUCAGGUGUAUCACAACCUCGCCCACUGCCGCCACAUGGUUGAUAAUGACUGGACAAUUGUUGAAUGGUCUGGCAGGACCUGUUCCAUUUGGAGGUCCCUCUCUGAUGUCAUCUCUAUGGUUUCCAACCAACCAAAGGACAACUGCAACAGCUAUUGCAGCAAUAUUCUCAUAUGUUGGGGACGCAUCUUCCUUCAUGUUAGGGAUUGCCUUUGUGAGUGAGCCAUCGUCCGCAAAUUCUUCUCUCAUCAACGCUAGCAGUUACGCGAAUACAUCUGGUCCACCGUUCUUGGAUCAACAGAAAGGUGAAAUUCUGAACCUGAUGUAUACAGAAUGUGCUGUCUGUGGUGUUCUGUUUCUGCUAGUGCUGAUCUAUUUUCCCGACAAACCCCCGACACCACCAAGUGCAUCCGCAAGCAAGGACAGGGUAGAUUUCAAAAAAGGAUUUGGUUUGUUAAUCAGGAAACCUCAAUUCUGGUUAGUUGGUCUGGCAUACUCACUACCAACUGGCAUAUUUGGAAGCUGGGUUACCAUUCUGGACAUUAACCUUGGACCAAUUGGCAUAGAGCAAAAUGAAGCUAGCCUUUUAGGAUUCUAUGCCACAGUCGGUGGAAUUGUAGCGGGUUUUGUAAUGUCAGGGGUGGCCGAUUGCCUGUCUGGCCAGUUGAAGAGAAUGCUUGUUGUCCUUGCCUCCCUGUCUCUGGGGUCAGUUGUAUGGUUUUGUGUAAUAUGGAUGCAAACGGCAAAUUCUACACAACCAGCCGAUAAAGUUCAACUCUAUACAAGCAUUGUACUGAUGGGCGUGUUCAUCAACGGUGGAAUCCCCUUGUUAUAUGAGCUUGCCUGUGAGACCUGCUUCCCUGUGGCAGAAGGCAUCACCGGAGGGAUGUUAACUGGCUUGAAUACUACAAUUGGAAUGAUAUUUCUAUUAUUACUAUUUAUUCCAAACAUAGGAGCGGUCUGGAUGAAUUGGUGUUUACUAGGAUCGUGUGUCUUAUCCAUUCCUUUACUACUUAGCGUAACAGCCAAUUAUGCUAGAUUGGACAUUGACAAGAAAAAUCAGUCUGGGAUAUCUUGAAGGACCUUUAGUGGUAUACGAUUAUCGUUGGUUGCUGUUUUAUUUAGAUCUCAGUCACAUUUACUCUACGGUGACCUUUUGUUGACCAUAGUUCUCUGAAAUAGAUAUUUCUUCGUUAACCGUAGAAAGUCUACGGUGUCCGUAUUGCGUAUUCAGUUUUUUUACAGACCGUAUAGUCGCGAUGGAAAAUAUAACUUGAAGGUGUAACUUUUAUCAUUACUACGGCACAGUAUACAUUAACAAGCCGUAGCCAAACCGUAGAAAGGUUCCACUGUGGCCGUACGUCAGAUGUACGAUCGACUUGCUGCUGCCCUGGGGUUUUAUGGGUAAACUUCACCUUUGAGAACUACAAUUACAAUUGAGGCGACCGUAGGAUCGUCGUAGGAGCCUCCUAUGACCGUCUUGCGUUUGCCUUGGUACUUAAACCGUAUGGUCGCCGUGGAAAAUCUGACUGAGGUUUCCUAGAGAGGUCGUAUGAAUGACCUAAAUAUCUGGUUGAAGUGAUAAAUUGUUCGUCCUUUGAGCGCUAGUGCAUACUUUUUUCAUUGUAUUUAUUUUUAAUGCGUUUCUAAUGGAAUCGGGUGUGUUAGAGACCUAGUCACAUUAGUUAACAAAACAUCCUCUUCCGUCCUUACAAUCGUAAAACGGGUGUGAUCUGAGUGAAAUGUCCUAAAUUACGAUGCUUACGUAAUACAUGUUCAGAUCGGUUAAAACUGGCUUUUACAGAUGAUGAUUUUCUUUUCAAUGUGCCGAUUUUACAAAAGAAAAGCAUACUCACCGUCUAUUUUUUUAUCCUGCUCUAUACUAGUAUUGAAAUGAAAAAUCCAAAUUUACGAGGUCGUUCAAUAAGUUCAUGCAA